AUGUCGCCCGACGACGAGCAAGAGACAUCGGGAAUCUCUGAUGUGACUGUUUGGAAUGAUCAAGCCGACACUACCGAAACAUCUCGACCCUACCAUGAGUCGCGUACGCCAGAAGUGGACCAUGAUAUUUCGCUGUUUCCAACUCCCACUACCAUUCCGCCUCCUCUCGUGCCACUCAUAGAUGAAAUCACCGGCCGCGGAAAAACGAUAUCAUUGUUCACACCAGAUCCUUGUAUUUCACAGACGCUCUACGCAGGGGUGAUCGGUGAUACCACCUUGCAACCGUCGCAGGUGUCCCGCAAUAGACCUGUCUAUAUAAACAAUACCUUGAAGGAGCGUGCAGAGUAUGAGGCAAGUCGACUGGCUCAUCAGGUCAAGACCUUUGCAGAAUCAGGGCAAACAUGCUUCAUCCACUGCUCUCAAACCGGCACCUCUACUGCACUACGCGAUGCUUUCGCUGCUUGCUCCAUCUACGCAGCACGCAACUCAGCGAAUGCAUCUCUUGUGGCAUCCGAGAUUUCGCGACAAGCGGAACUACUCUUGCAAGCUACAAACACGGCAAUCGCUCUAUGUCCUCCGAGCUCUCCGUGGACUCUGAGUCUUGACCUCCUACCCUCGGUCCAAGCCAUGCUGGUAUACCAGUGUAUGCGGCUCUUCUCAGGUGACGACUCGCAAGAAGGACAAGCUGUUCAGGACGCCAAGUCGCUUUCCAGAUGGGUUGAUAUCUUGCAAGCACAACCUCCCUCCAGCAAUUCAAAGUCUGACCAAUCGUGGAAAGAUUGGGUCCGAGCAGAGAGCAUCCAGCGAACCAUGAUCUUUGCAGAUCUUGUCGAGAGCAUUUACACAUUUCUCAAAUUCGGCUGGUACCAACCCAGUCUAAGGCUCGCUGAGCUAGGCUUCACAGGCCGCGCGAGCAUAUGGGACGCAAGGUCGCUGGCAGAGUGGCAACAAGCAAUCGAGCUGAGGAGCUGGCUAAGAGUGGAGAUGUCAAAGUUUGGUGAUAGUGUCAAGGGGGCUUCUUUGGAUGAGCUCGAUGAAAUGGGGAUAAUGAUCUUGGUCAGCUAUGAGGGUUUUGAGGUGUUGAAGAAGUGGGCUGGUGAAGAUAAGAAGCUCAUUGAGAGAUGGGGUUUAAGCUCGGGAGGUAAUAAUCCUUUUGCAUAA